AUGAAAGAAACAAAGGGACAACCUUCGAAAUCGAGACCAAAUGAAUUUGGAAGUAGAUCUGAUGAGAUAAAUGGUAGGAGACAUGAAACAAAUCCAAAGAAAAUGGAGAAUGAAGACUCGGGUUUUGGAGUAAGCGAAGAGGGUCAGAUCGCUGGUGCCGAAUAUUCAGAUGCAGAGUCAUACACGAGAGAUAAUCUGAAGAAAAGAGUAAGUGAUGUUGAGAUGCAAAGGAGAAGCCAUGAAACAGAGUGGAUACUAUGGCAAAUGGUUAAAAAAACUAAGGCUAGAACUGCGGAUUUGAGAGAAAGGGAAUCCAAAAUGAUGCUUGAUGAAAGAACUCAUGGGAUAUAUGAACAUGUGUUAUCGAGUGCGUAUCCAACUCGUCCAGGUGAAAAAGUUUGUGCGUUUUAUCAAACACAUCGUCUGUGUGGUUAUGGAAGCGAGUGUCGUUUCAAUCAUCCUCCUCUACAUGAGCUUUCAAAAAUGAUUGGUCAGAAGCCGGAUUGUAAGUUUUUUAAGAGAGGAGCUUGUCGGAAAGGUUCAGAUUGUCUAUUCUAUCACCCAAAGGAAAUGGAUGUUGGAGAACAGGGUAGAACUCCGAGUUUGAAACCUAAUGAUUCAGAGAGGAGGUACAAAACAAAGUCAACAUACUGGCAAGAGAAGAGGGUAAGGAAACAAAACCAGAAGAAAGAAGAUUUUGGAUUUGGAAUUAACGAAGUGGGUCAGUUUCGUGAUCACCAAGGCUCUAACAAGGACGCGCAAGGGAUUCAGCUACAACAAAGACAUAAAGAUGUUGAGAUGAGGAAGAGGUCUAGAACUCCGGUUCGGAGAGCCAGUGAAUCAAGAGAAAGGUUUGGAGGUAGAUCACCAAGACGCCAUGAGUUGGGAUAUUUCAAGUGUGCAAGGGAUUUUCAAAUGAAUUGCAUCAAAGUUCAAGACAAUCUUCAGAAACUAAGUAUGGGGAACAUCAAGAGGCAGAGGGGAGAGGUUCAAGAAAAUUUAAAACAACCGAGGUUUCAGGACAUAUCAGAUAACUACAAUGUAGAUGCUCAACAGAAUCGGCAAGAAAAAAAGAAAAACAUUGAAAACGAGAGAAGAGUAGCUCGUUUGAGAAUUGAACAGAUCCGACCCACAGCUUUGUUUGACGAGUGGAGCCGACCCAAAGAAUUGAUGAUAAACAUGGGGUUUACAGUAACUUAA